AUGCUUCUCAUCGACUUCGUAGCGCAAUUGUCGACCACAAGUGCUCAUCUCAGCACGACCCUCACCGUCACGGACUUCGUACGAUUCAUCACCUUAGCGUCCGAAGUUCACCAUAAUGCUGGAAUUGCGAUGCGUCUCACACCCCAUCGACCAACGGUGUUACCUUUCCUCACAAGCGCUCUCUCUCCCACCUUUCCCAACCACCUCAUCAUCGAUCUCUGGACGUUAACUUUCCCUCUGUUACCCUGGACCCGCCUGGAUCCAAAAGCUGCCAUCCGCUUGUUGGGUCUCCAAUUCAAGUUACCCAAACGUUUCUUACGCCCACCAGUAUCUCAAUGUGUUAUCUGUCCAAAUUCACCUAAUUUACAUGUCCACACCCGCCUAAAUGGGUACCUUUACGACACGGAUGGUCUGCACUCCGUUCAGACGGUCAUCCUCGAUUGCCCAGGCUGUGGAGCAUCAUACCGCCCUAGCUAUUACACGACCGCCAAAACGCGACACUAUUAUACCUUGGCCAUGGGGCGUGAUGUCGACAUCCUGCACGUUCACUGUCACUACUACAUCACUAACCGAUUGGGCCACCUAUUCCGUGUAAUACAAAUGCUGGCUCAUGUCUCGCACUUCAACCUGACGAACUGGUACAACGAAAUUUAUAUUGAAGACUUGGUUGAUGUCCCAAAUUUCGACGAGGUAUAUACGCCGGCCAUGUCAGAGGCCGUUUGCCUAGACGCACUCAAACUACGAGAUCUCCUCGCUCACGAAGAUCACAGAGGCAAACAAUUGCUCCUUCCGGCCACUGGAACCGAUGACCUUCGGUUUGACGAGGCCAUUGCCUCUCAUCUCGACCGGCUUGAUGUGGAAGGAACGUCCUUUAGAGAUCAUUAUUGCAGCAGCUGCGUUCGGGUCAAAUCAGGAGGUGUUGAUCCUGACACCGGCGAGGAAAGAUUUUAUGGUACUGUACAGUUUUUUAUAUAG